AGAGACUGAGUUACCCUCAAGCUCUUCAGCUGUCAAAGUGGUCUGGAUUUCUCUGCAGUUGGAUAACUUCUUUACAUCUGGGAUUCAGCUGGAAAAUUGAAGGCAUUAUGAAAACUUCAGUUGGAGUGUGUGUGGUGUUCAGUCUCGCUCUGUUGGGUCUUGGUUCUGCUAUUAGAUGCUACAAUUGUAAGGACUACACAGGCACAUGCACUACAGAAAAAUCCUGCUACUAUGAUGAUGCUUGCUUGACACUCUAUGAGAGAGGUGGUGACACAUACAAGCGGUGUAUAAAAUACUCAGAAUGUGAUCACAACACAGUCGCCCAGAAAUUUCCCAACAUACAGAGCUUCACGUACUCUUGCUGUACCUCUGACCUGUGUAACGCAGCCAAUGUGUCAAUGGCAAGCCGCUCUGUGUUGGGAAUCCUGCUCUCGCUGGCCCUCUUCUGGUGGUGUGUCCUCUAAAUGUUCACAAAGUUGUCCUUUAUAAACCUGGUAGUGGUAUCAAGCAGUGAGAAAGCAGAUUUUCUGUCUCUCUUAAGUUAAGUGGAAAAGAUUUCACAGCUUAGAUCUCAACUGCAUGUUUAAACUGUGUGUGCACACUGCUAAGGCUUGUAAGCAUUGUUUUUGUUUAGCACUUAACAGUGAAAGGGAAACUGUCUGAUCAUAAUUGAUUGUGGCUUUUAUUGUGUAUGUUUGGUUUAUCAAGGCUAAUUCCUGAUACACAGAAUAUUGAAGAGACUGAGUGUGCUCAUUCUGGUUUAGAGGAUUGCAAGGUAGUUUUUUAAAGGGUAGGCCUACUGUACCACUGCACUUUCAUAAAACUGUACCACUGCGUUUUUCCUCUGCCUUGCUUAUGAAUGUCUUUUUAAAAACGUAAAACCUUUUAAAAAACCUUGUGUGCAAUAUAUAUUUUUAGCAUAUACUGAUCAGCUUUUUGUUGCCACUGUAGCCAGCAGAACCUACUGAACCUUUAUGACCAAUAAAAGGAUCAUGCUGCAA